AUGGCUGCAAUAGAAAUGGAAGGGCUAGAGAAGCUGGAACAAGUCCACCGGACGCUUGAUAAGCUGCACUCAGCUGGAGUUUCCGAUGCCAAUCCCAAUUGCGAGCGCUUUCUCGUUGAUUUCACCUUCUUCCUCACGCAACCUUGUGGUGAGGUCGACAUCUCCUUGAAAUGCCAAUUGAUUUCCCAACACAUGUCAAAGAUAGCGAGUAUGUUGACCGAGGAUGCACUGCAAUCCGAAGGAAAAGCUUGCAAACAGAAUGAAAAUUUUGCUUUACAAGUUUGUGGUGACAAGAAAACAAACAUAAAUUCCUCUCUGAGUUUCUGUGAUGGUGUUGCCAUGAUUGGGAUUGAAGCAAUGAUGCGUUCGAAUUCAACGCUAGAGGAUUUUUGCAGGUCUUAUUUUAUGUUUCACAAAAUGGAAGUGAACCGGCCUCAAUCAGUAUUCAAAUAUCUGCCUAUCCUUUCAUUCACAGAGAGUUACAUAUAUCAGUUGGAUGGCUUAAACGAGGAACUAGUUCAGUUGACAGGGGAUGGAUUUCCAAUUUCCACUGAAAUACAGGAUGACAAUUCAAAGCUUGGUGCUAAAUCUGUAAGAAUGUUUCAAAAGGAUCCCUUUAGACCACUCCUUUAUGUACUAGAACAGCGAGGGCUUCUGACUGAGAGGAUUACAGAAGAGUUUAGGUACGGGGAAGAAUAUUGGGCUCUGGAGAGAAAGCUAUGCUGGGCACUGGCGAGCAACAAGGAGGUAUGCAUUGAGGAUGUGAAGAGGGCCAUCCAUCUGAAAUCAUUUGAUUAUCGAGUGCUGAACCUUCUAUUAUACCAACUAAGGGGAGAAAAGGUGAAAGAAUUGCAUAUGGAGUUCCUGUCGAUCUCAGAAUUGCUUGUGGAAAUAUCUGAUGAUCUGACGAUAUUGUGGAGAACAAUUUUAAUACUCUGCGCAUGUUUGUCAAAUGUUAUGGAGCUUCUGCAGCACCAAUCAUGUUGGCAAAAUUUAUAA